AUGAUAGAGCACUACCCAUCUCAAGCCCUAUCCGGGCUGACGCUUGCCAUUGCCACUAUUUUACUGCUUGCAUGGGCCCGUUGGCGCUCUCGACCUACGCUGCCCCUACCACCUGGUCCGCCUUCCGAGUUUCUUCUGGGCCAUUCCCGUGUCAUACCCAAGGAGAAUGCUGCAGCAGUAUAUGCGAAAUGGUCGAAAGAAUACAAUUCAGAUAUCAUACAUGUCAGAUCCCUGGGUCGGUCUACAGUCGUGCUCAAUAGCGCAGAUGUGGCUAGGGAUAUCUUGGACAAGAAAGGCGCCAAUUUUUGUGACCGACCCAGAUUUACGCUACUGAAAAUAAAGCUACUUCAGACCUCGUUCAGCAACACAAAUAAGCCUAAAACUUGGGAGACGUCAUUGCGCCGGUUGGCGGUUGCCAUCGUUCUGCAAGUGAGCUACGGUACCCAAGUGCUCGAGGACGAUGACCCCUACAUCCAAAUCGCCAACGAUGCCAUGUAUGCUACUGGCAAUGGCGGAGUUCCUGCCUAUAUUCGCUAUCUCCCCGACUGCAUUGUCCGCGACUGGUCUUUGCGAUUCGCCCGACAAUGGCGCUGGGCUAUCAAAAAGCUUCACGACGUCCCAUUCGCUGCUGCACAAGCUGAAUAUCACAGAGAUGAUCAUCAUAGAAACACAUCUCUAGCACAUCACCUCCUCCGUGAGUAUAAGGACAAGGAGUUCCGUGGUCAAGAACAACAAUGGUCCCUUGAUGAUAUCAAAGGGGCGGCAGGGGCGGUUUUUAUCGCAGGAGCAGAUACGACAUGGGCUACAUGUGUAAUCUUUGUUCUCAACAUGGUUCUUCACCCGGAAAUACAGGAGAAGGCACAGCAAGAGCUUGAUGCGGUGAUUGGGACUGAUAGACUUCCCGACUUCUCAGACCGGCCCGCUUUGGUUUAUAUUGAACAUAUUGUCCAGGAGAUUUAUCGCUGGUCGCCACUGGCUCCUCUAGGGAUCCCACACAAGUCGCUCCACGAUGAUAUCUACAAGGGCAUGCUCAUUCCUAAAGGUAUAUCUGAGGUUACAAGGUGGGGAGGGUAUCUGAUAAGUACCAGGACUGUGGUCUAUGCCAACGCUUAUGCUAUGGCUCAUGAUGAGCGGGUCUACAAAAACCCCCACGAUUUCAACCCCGACAGAUAUGAAGCUGGGGAACCGUUUCCUGUUGGCAAUUUUGGAUUUGGGCGCCGGGUCUGUGUCGGUCGGUUUCUGGCCGACAAUAGUGUCUGGAUCACUGUAGCAACGAUGCUGUCCGUACUUCGGUUUUGUAAGAAGAUGUCUUCGGACGGGAAGCCCAUUGAGCCCCGAGUCCGAUUUACCAAUGGAGGAACCUGGUAUGUUGACUCCCCCUCUGUACCCAUGGCUUGCUUCACCCUUACCCAUUCUCUGCAAUGA